CCUACAAGUAUCACCACCUCAAGAAAAUAAGUAUAGCAACAUAUAGUCUUCUCCAUAACCAGGAUACGAUCGGUGAAGCUAUCAUGGUGGACACCCGUGCAUUUUGUUGUUCCAUAACCCUGCGAGCCUUUAUUUUCUUGUUUGUGCUUGCUGCUAUGGUAGCAUAUGUUCAGGGAGGAGGUGGCUGCCCACGUUUCUCUUGUGGACAUCUUAAAAAUAUAUCAAGUCCAUUCCGCCGACGAGGUGAUCCACCUGGGUGUGGUUCUCAGUACUACGAGCUGAUGUGCAGAGAUAGCAAGGCUACAAUUCGCAUCGGCAGUGCUGUAUACUACGUGGUUGACAUUAACUAUACUGGUUUGUUUUUCUCGGCUAUUGAAUCCAACUUGGAUACCAGCAGCAACUGUCCUCUUCCUUACUCUUCCCCAGAGAUAGUUGACUACUUUUCCCCAGAGGUAGAUUCACAUGGCCUUGUCAAUCUUGAAGUUGGAGGUCCUUGGGCAUGCUUUGCUAAUUGUUCGCGAGCAAUAACAAAUAACAGUCGGUACAAGCCCGUAGCUUGCCUGACUGCAAAAAAUUCAUUUGUGUAUGUCUGGGUCCGGGGCUAUUGCGACAUUAUGCAUCUUGAACAUUCAUGUGGAUACUUGGCCAUGGCCCCCUUUGAUCUCCCUUCUAGCCAAGACGUAUAUUUAGGGAACGCAAGUUAUGCAGAUAUCAUGGGCUUUGUAAGCAAGGGAUUUGCAGUAAGAUUUCCUCAUCGAGACAGCGAUCCUAUGAAUUCUUAUUAUAUCAUCAAACUAUGCCUCAGCGACACAACCAGCAGCUACUUCAAGGAGCGGAUAUCUGAUGCAAGCAUUUUGAAUCGGACUCGUGCUUUCUUCUGGAGUGAGAUACACUUCUUCGAUUGCUUACAUGCUCACCACUACAUAACAAAGUCAAUUGUGUUUGCUGCAGCCAUGGUAUAUGUUAUUGAUGUCCCAAGAUUCCUUGUUGUACUAUGCAGGUUUGUGUUGGCACCCCUGGUAGUGUUGAUUUUCCUUGCCUACAAGUACUGGAAAACAAGGAUAACAAUAGAUGCGGUCGAGAAGUUUCUCCUGAUGCAAGAAAUGCUUGGCCCGACAAGGUAUGCCUACACCGAUAUCACUGCAAUCACAAGCCAUUUCAGAGAUAAGCUGGGUCAAGGAGGUUAUGGUUCCGUGUUCAAGGGUGUGCUGUUGCCAGGCAAUGUUCAUGUCGCGGUCAAGAUGCUAGACGGUAACUCCAACUGCAAGGGAGAAGACUUCAUCAGUGAGGUCUCCACCAUUGGCAGGAUCCACCAUGUCAAUGUGGUCGAUCUUUUGGGAUUCUGCUCGGAAGAAAUGAGGAGGGCUCUGGUAUACGAGUACAUGCCUAGAGGUUCUCUCGACAAGUACAUCUUCUCAGCCGAGAAGACUUUCUCGUGGGAUAAGCUCAAUGAGAUUGCUUUGGGCAUUGCCCGAGGGAUCAACUACCUGCAUCAGGGGUGCGAGAUGCAAAUUCUACACUUUGACAUCAAGCCCCACAACAUCCUUCUUGAUAGCAAUUUUGUCCCAAAAGUUGCUGAUUUUGGUCUCGCCAAACUGUACCCAAGGGGCAACAGUUUAGUGCCCUUGAGCGCCCUACGCGGAACAAUUGGAUACAUAGCCCCGGAGAUGAUAUCUCGGAGCUUUGGUGUCAUAUCAAGCAAGUCCGAUGUUUACAGCUUUGGAAUGCUGCUACUGGAGAUGGCUGGAGGAAGAAGGAAUGCCGAUCCAAAUGUGGCAAACUCUAGCCAGUCUUACUACCCAUCAUGGGUGUAUGACCAGCUAACUGGACAAGAAGUGGGUGAGAUAUCUCUCGUAGAUAACAUGCAUGAGUUGGAGAAGAAGCUGUGCAUUGUUGGACUAUGGUGCAUUCAGAUGAGGUCUCAAGAUCGUCCGACCAUGAGCGAGGUGAUAGAGAUGCUGGAAGGUGGCAUUGAUAGCUUGCAAAUGCCUUCUAGGCCAUUCUUCUGUGACGAUGGGCAUACCCAUGCCGAGGGUUCAUACCAUUUGUCGUCCGAGUUGACCACAAUCUCUGAAGAGGAUCAGUGAAACUAUAUAUGUGGACUGUAAUGCAUGAGGUGAUGAUCUUAGCUCCUGAGAAGAUGAAGUUAUGGUUGUAGUUGUACCGAGUAUGAAAUAAUUAUUUUCUGAUUCCUAUGGAGAAAUAAUUAUUUUCUGAUUCCUGUGGACUUCUAUGCGGAAAUAUGUAAUCGGUAAUCGGUAACUGCUAUAUCCAUUUUAAAUUGCUAAAUGUAAUCAUUUUCCUGGAAGACAUGUAUUGUAUGAAUAUACUAUUAAUUGAGUGAUACAAGCUUGAUUGAUGUUUGCACCUGCUGCGGAAAAAAUAUUCGCAUGAAUACUGUAGUUGAAAUAAUGUAUUAUGUUGGGUGCCUCUAGUGAAGGGAAAAAAUGCAUGAUAUUAGAAAUACAGACCUGUGUGCUUCAGGAACUGCGACUGUGCUAAGUUUGUGGCAUUGUCCAGUUUGCUGCUAUUAACAUCCACUGUAAUAUUUUGUGCUGCUAGGUCGGCCAUCAUGUUAUGCCACGAGGUUUUGUCGACAGGCCUGCAGUCAGAAUCAUGGAGGAAUUCGGAGUUUCAACUUGGAAUACUGCUCUGCUGUUGGAGACACGAAGAUGCCAAAUAUUUCUAGUUUCCAUUUCCGUAACGAAGUGCUCCUCAUCAGUUCAGUGCAACAUGUAAAGAUAAAUAAUUUCAUGGAGAGUAGAAACGAAACAUCUAGAGAAAACCAGACUUCAAAGUGUC